ACACACACACACACACACACACACACACACACACAUAUAUGUCCUAGCUGGUACUUGUUCUGGACACGUGCCGAGCUUCCCGUCAUGGAUCUUGAUGGCAUCUCAUUUUAUGAAUUGAUACUCUACUAUGUUUCUCAGCAAUGUAGUCAAGUUUCGAUCCGUCCGCCAGACCUAUCUCGGAUCCUCCCAGGACGAGGAGCUCAUCCUGGUCGACCCUGAUAAACCGGUGCCUGAAAAGGGAUACAUCUUGCAGCUCCCUUACGAAAUUCUCGAGCAUAUCCUCAAUUUUGCUGUUCAGCAGGAUGUUGAUACAUUGAAGAAACUAGUCAUGGUAUGCCACCGGUUCAGCUGGUUCGCAUUACCUCUAAUCUAUCGUACCAUCACGAUCCAACUGGAUCCAGGUACCAAAUCACUGAGAAGGCUUCACGCUGCCCUACAAAGAAAUACAUGUACACAUGUAUUUUUCCGAGACCAUUGCCAGAAACUCAAUAUCAGAAUAGCCGAUAUUUGGCCUCUGCCUAGUGGACAUUUCUCUAUACUAGAGGAUAUUAUCUCACAGCUUCCCAAACUGCAGUCAUUGGCAUUCAGUGGUGGAUUCGACCGCAAUCCCCAAGAAACCUGGGCUAUGAUUCGACUAGCCUUCCAGAACAUACCUAAUGUUCGCUCUCUCGCCCUCAGUCGCUUACGUGGCGGCCUGUAUUUACCGGACAUUUGGGACCAUGUUGACUUCGCGUCGCUGGAAAGCUUACACCUCUCUGGAGUUUAUCAGCCGAUUUACGGUAGAGAAUGCGUUCUAGAUCCAAAGAAGCACCGGACUGCCACGUUCACCUCACUCACCAUUUCCGAUUACGAAGAGAGCCCCGAAGCAACCGAGCAACUCCUUCGGUGGCCAAAGUCGUUGGUUAAUUUCCAUCUUCAGAGCCUCUAUAACAAUCGCUUUACCAUGGACCUUCCGAUGUUCAGUACAUGGCUCUCUAUUCAUAGAGAUACGCUUCGCUCGAUCCAUAUCGGAUCUCUAUCUCCCAUGGGCAGAAGCGACCUUUUUAACGCAGCAGACUUUCCUAAUUUAGAGGUCCUAUCACUUUCAAGAUGGCAGUUUUUAGGGCUGGAAUUGCAGUCAGGAAGAGAAAUGACAUUUUCUGAAGCGGACGCUGAUUUGUUACUGGGCCCCAACCUCCACACAUUUGGGCUGGACUUUUCGGUACACGAUCAGCACAGCGAGAACUUUGAGGAUUUCGGAGACCCAGAAGAAAAUUGGAUAAGGGGGCUCGCGAGAGCUGCAAUAGCCAGGAAGGCGAAACUACGGAAAAUCGGAAUUACAUUUACUCCGCUGACCUGGUGGUUGCGCAAAGAGCAUGGGUAUCCGUGGGAUCGCAUGGAUAAGGUGCAUGCCGAAAUUUGGCCACACGGAUUACGGGUGGAAUAUAACGAGCCGGUGUUGACAAGGGAUGAGUGGCUGAAGAUAUUCGAUCCUAGCCCCAGUCCGACAAUGGAUAUUGAGUCAUCUGUUUCAGAGAAUGAGGACUCGGGUUUUACUUCUGAGGAACGGGAUAUAAGAGAUUUUUUAAUCGUGCGUCACCCAUGACAGCAGUGACAAGACGGCUCGUGGAAUACGUGGUGGAAGCCCCAUUUCUGUGUCGUAAAGGAUGCCAUUUAUCUAUGUCUAGUUCAAGGCAACACGUAAUUACCUCCAAAUAUUAGCAUCGGAUUUAAUACCAAAAAA